UCCGAAAUGCAACUUCUUACACGAGAACUGGGGAAAGGAGAGAAUGCUGCUGCCAUUGCCAGCUUGUUCUUCAGAAUCUUUAUCUAUAUUUAUAUGUUAUCUCCUCCUAAUUUAUCUCUAAUAAAAGUUUAGUCAAAUUGCAGCAAAAAUGCAAGCUUCAGGUUACGUGGUGAGAGUAAGUGUAGGUUUUGACAUUCUAAAGAGGAAGAAGAUGAGUGAUACUAAUACUAAUAGAUAUACCCACAUGCCGGAUGGGUCUAAUUCUUGGUUGCGCUUGGGAUCGGUGGCUAUGAAAUCCGAGCUUGCUCGCAAUAGAUCAACCUCUGCUAAGCUCAGAUUCAUCAGGGUUCAAGCGUAUGAUGGAGAUAUUGAGAUUAAUGCUGAAGUCCCUGCCAAUGUUCAAAUGAAGUCUACUACUGGUACUGUGUUUCCAUAUGUUGGUAUUGCCUGCUUGGCUGCCACUUUGUUUGGAUAUCAUAUAGGGUUGGUAAAUAGUGCUCUUGAGUAUCUAUCCAAGGAUCUUGGUAUUGCUGAAAACGCAGUCAUGCAAGGAUGGGUUGUGAGCACCAUUCUUGCUGGUGCAUUCGUGGGUUCAUUUACUGGAGGAGCAUUGGCGGAUAAGAUUGGAAGAACAAAGACAUUCCAAUUAGAUGCAAUUCCACUUGCAGUUGGAGCUUUUCUUUGCUCUACUGCUCAGAGUGUACAAACUAUGAUAAUUGGGCGGUUACUUGCUGGCAUAGGAAUAGGAAUAACAUCUGCUAUAGUUCCUCUUUACAUAUCUGAGAUUUCUCCAACUGAAAUUCGAGGCACACUUGGGUCUGUUAACCAGCUUUUUAUUUGUAUUGGAAUACUCGCAGCAUUAGUUGCUGGUUUACCCUUAGCAGGAAACCCCAUUUGGUGGAGGACAAUGUUUGGAAUUGCUGUAAUACCUUCUGUUCUACUGGCUUUAGGAAUGGCGUUUUCGCCUGAAAGCCCGAGGUGGCUUUACCAGCAAGGGAAAGUCUCUGAAGCUGAAGCUUCCAUAAGAACAUUGUAUGGAGAAGAAAGGGUUGUUGAGGUUAUGAAUGACUUGAACAAGGCAAGUAAAGAGUAUUCCUCGGAGAAAGAAGCUAGCUGGUUCGAUCUCUUUAGUAGUCGCUAUUGGAAAGUUGUCAGUGUUGGCAUGGCACUGUUCGUGUUCCAACAACUGGCUGGGAUAAACGCGGUGAUAUAUUAUUCCACUGCUGUGUUUCGCAGCGUCGGAAUUGCAUCCGAUGUUGCAGCCAGUGCUCUUGUGGGGGCGUCUAAUGUGUUUGGAACGGGGAUAGCUUCUUCUUUGAUGGAUAAACAAGGAAGGAAAAGUCUUUUGAUUAUAAGCUUUGCUGGAAUGGCUGCUUCAAUGCUGCUGCUUUCAUUAUCACUUUCUUGGAAGAUCUUAUCACCCUAUUCUGGAACACUGGCUGUUCUUGGAACUGUCCUCUAUGUGUUAUCCUUUUCACUUGGUUCUGGUCCAGUGCCGGCUCUGCUACUCCCGGAGAUAUUUGCCUCCAGAAUUAGAGCGAAAGCUAUGGCCUUGUCUUUGGGGACACAUUGGAUAUUAAACUUCGGGAUUGGACUCUAUUUCAUGACCAUUGUGAAUAAGGUUGGUAUCAGCUCGGUUUAUAUGGGAUUCUCUAUUGUUUGUCUUCUGGCUGUCUUGUACAUAGCACGAAAUGUUGUGGAAACAAAGGGGAUGUCUUUAGAGGAGAUCGAGCGUGCUCUCAGCUCAACAAGCUGAAUCAGUGCGAAGCAUUUGUAAUAUUUUGAUUGAGUUUGAUUUGAUAAAGUUUUAAGUUUUGUCAACAUAUUAUUGAGUUAUAAAAUAUAUUUUAGAUGAUACAUUCCCAAUAUAUUAUUUAUAAGUUAUGCAUAAUGUAAGCUCUCUUAACAAAACCAAAAAUAUUCCGACCUACCGGAUUCGAACCAGUGACCUAAGGAUUUCAGCGUUUCAUACUACAGUCCUCCGCUCUACCAACUGAGCUAAGGUCGGAUUUGAUAAUAUCAAUUUAUUUUAAUAAUUUA